AUGGAGCCCAUUGCCAAGCGACUAAAGCAGUCCGCCGAGAGCGAACUGCACAAUCGCAGGACUUUACCGCGAUGUGACGACGACAUUGCCGAGCGGAUCAAGUGUCUAGAAGCAGAGCUUCAAGGUGGGCACUCUGACGAAGACUCGAGCGACUCCGACGACAGCUCCGACACCGAUUGUGACAAGAGCAAAGAAAUCGUAAACUUGUCCGCGUAUGCGUCGGAGCGCAUUGAGGCGCUGCCUGAGCAGCUGCUGCCAGCAACUCGGCGGUCGGUAAAGCUGCCGCCGGUCAAGAAGAAACGUGGGGAGACGACGCCGGAGGAGGACAACGCGCACACUGCCAACAAAGCGCUCGAGCUGCUCAGCGAUGCGCUGACGUUUCGCAAGAAGGUCCCGUUUGCAUGCAAGCCGUGCGAGUUCAUUGGCAAGGACAUGGAGGCGUUCCAGGCCCAUCGGGCGUCAAAGGAGCACUUGGAGCGUGCAGAUCGUGCCGACCCGACGCUGCAGUGCGCUCUCUGCGCCAAGUCAUUCACGAGUCGAACUCAGGUGGACGAGCAUCGUGCUGGCAAGUGGCAUAAACAGCGUGCGCAGCAGAAGAAGGAGAGACACACGAUCAAACUGUGUUACGACUUUGUGCGCGGCGCGUGCAAGUGGGGCGAGCGCUGCACGUUCGAGCACGUCGAGACGAAAGCCAUGCGCGCUGGUCGAGUACUGGACAAGACCCGUCGACGCGUGUGCAGCAGCUUUGCGCGCACGAACACCUGCCGCUACGGUGACAAGUGUCUGUUCUCACACGACGAAAGAAGAGACGACCGAGAGCCGCUUGCUGCGCCGCGGUAUGCCUAA